AUGGAAGCACUGGUGAACUACUGCCCUAUGCCUUUCCACCACCCUACGAACCCUGGAAACCAGAUGCUGCAGCGGGACCCACAGCAGAGGCCCGAGCUAACGAGGGCCAACCUGCACAUCCUGAUGCACGCAGUGGCCACAGAGGCAGUGAAAAAGGAACCAGGCACAGAUCCUGCGAUAGUGCAGAUGGACUUUGAAAGCAGGCUCAGCAAGGCAGCCAGUCAGGAGAACCCACAGCUCCUUUCCCACGGGCGCCCCGCCCCCGGCUCCGAGCAGUCGGAGUCGCCGAGUCCCAGCCCCGGCCGGGCAGUAGGUGGGGCGGGCGGGAGGGCCCUGCGGCCGCGUGGGGAGGCGCGGCCCGGGAUCGCGGCCGCACGAGGCUCGGGCAGCGCUCCCCACCGUCCCGUGGCAGAGCUGGAGUUCACCCAGAUCAUCAUCAUCAUUGUGGUGGUCACUGUGAUGGUCGUGGUCAUCAUUUGCCUGCUGAGCCACUACAAGGUUUCCACACACUCCUUCAUUCAGCAGCCAGGCCCGGGCAGGCGGCAGGGGGAAGCAGUGCUUCUGGAAGGGUACAUGUGGCCUUCAAAUGGUGCUGUGCUACGGCCCCAGGCCUCAGAGGCCACCAUCAUGCCGCGGGACCGCUUUGGCAGCCCCACGCUGGCCCCAGCCCUUUCGUACGCGCGGCCUGAGCUGGACCUGCCGCCCACCAUCUCGCUGGCCGAUGGCGAGGAGCCGCCGCGGUACCUGGGCGCCUGCGCGACCCGAGCAGCAGCGUGAGCCCAGCCGCCAGUCAGUGCACGCGCCACCCAACCGCACGGCGUUUGCGGGCGGCCCUGGGGCCUCGCGCCCGUGCCCGCCCAGCAGCCAUGCGGGCGUCAGUGCUGGCUGCGCCCGGGGGCACAGCGGGCCGGCGGGGGGCAAUGGUGGGGUUCGCGGGGCUGGGCCACCGCCGCCCUACAGCGAGGCGACGGGGACCCCAGGGAGCGCACUGGGCCAGGACCGCAAACCUGGGGGGCGCCACCUGAUCCGGCCAGUAUCCCUAUUUCCUUCCUGGUCUGACCACACUAAAGCGAGGCGACUCCCGCCUCCCCCUCGGUGUCCUUAAAGACAGCAGCGUAGAGAGACCGUCUCGGGGAAGAGGCCCGAGAGGGUCGGGUGAGCAAUAGCUCAGGCUGUAACAGGUCAGGGAACCGGGAGGCCACAUGGCCACACCUCUCCGUUGGGCACACCCGCUGGUUGGACCCCGGACCCCUGUGCCCAUGCUGUGCGAGGUUGCCCCUCUCUGUGUGAUGCGCAGGUUGGAGCUCAGGCUCUGUGGCUGGCGGGGAGAUUGGUUUCCUGGGUCCCCGGCUAUGGAACCACUCCCCUGAACACAAGUGGUCGCUGUGCAGCACUUCCCUCAAACAGAGCACAUCGCUGGCCAGGCCUUGGGGUGGGAGACAGGACCCCAGCACCCCCAGUUCCAGUGUCACCUUGCUGGUCUCACAUGCAGGUCACUACCACUGUGCCUGGGCUCUCACACUGCUCUCAUCCUCAGGCAGUGUGUUUUCUCGGUUUAACUCCUUUCCCCUGUAGCUUGGAUUUUGUUCAGAUGCGUACCUUUCGUAGUCACUGUUGAGAUGCAAGUGGUUCUAUUGAGCCGGGAGGAAGCCUAUGCCUAGGAUCCCAGCUGCUGGGCAGGCAGGUGGCGCAGUGGUGCUGCAGGCCAAGACGUCUGCCCUGGGGUGAGCGCUGGCGAGGCAUGGGGAUGUGGGUGUGAGUGCCUGGCGCUUCCUAGUGCCUCACACAGCACCACGUGGACAACCUCAUCGUGGACCUGCCCCAGGGUGGGUGCUGGAAGGGGAGGGGACCAGAGGGGGCCAACUGUAGCUGAAUGAGCAACUGGGCCAGAGUGGGUGCAAGUCCGGCCAGAAGCCCAACUUAACUGUGGGGUCCUCGUUUUAGUAUUCCUACUGUUUCAACUGUUCAUCGUUACAUACAAUGAAAAAUAACCUCCUGCAAAUGUGAGCACUGCUUUGAGGAGCAGAGCUUGCACGGGGGUUGUCAGGACCUUUCCAGGCCCACACGGGACAUGGGAACCAGGUUGCUGACUUGGUCAUGCAGUCAAUGUAGCUUCCACCUGGUCAGCAUCUACUGCUGCUUGUUUGUGUGUCUGUGUUUCUGGAGGCGACCCUUGAGGGACUCACCUAGGUCCUAUGUAGCCUCAUCUCUUUCCUGGUGUGUAUCCUGGUAACAGGCCAUAGGAUGGAAUCACUGUGAGAUUCACCUGUGCACACACAGAAGCAUCCACAACCAUAGUAGACUGGUGAGACAAGGAUCAGAGGGGCUAUUGCUAGCUCUGGCUGAGGUACUGCUUAGCAGGGCUCUGGGUGAGGGCCGUGAGGGAAACUGAGGCUCAUUUUGGUACUGCCAGGAGAGCCCUACUCUCAGAGCAGAGAUAAACUUCCCCCAUUCUGGAUCCCCUGGGCCUCCUAGUGGGGAAGUGGCUGGGAGGUGGUCAGUGUCCCUGGCACACAGGUAAGGUCUUCACUCUGAGUCAUGCUUGCAGGUAGGGGAGCAGGGGAGCUGUCCUCAGUGUUCCCAUCAGUGUUCCCUGCAGAGAAUGACACCUGAGACCUAGUGUGCCCUGUGACUCUGCAAUCCACAAACACUUUGUGGAUCCUCAGAGUAUUAAAAAGAAAUCAUUGAAUUCAAGUCCCUUAGAAAAGAAGUUCCUACCCCAUUGCUUCUUAGGUCAUUGGUUGUUUGAAGACACACACAGCAAGUGUGGCCUGGAAAGGUCUCUGAGGCUGGGCCUCUGUAACCAGUAGCUAGACUAGUAGUCUCCUUCCUGUUGGUAGCUUUUCUACCAGGCUGGUGUGGCCCAGCCUAGUGCCUUCUCUUCUAGUGUUACAAAAGUUGUGCUUCUGACCCAGGACUAGUUUAGAGCAGAGGUGUGGGUAGCAUGACAGAUGUGAGUCAAGAUUACUCUACAGAGCAGGCAUGUAAAGGGCUUUGUCGUUGAGAGGGGGGUGGUAGAGAUGCCAUGCCACUUAUGCUUGAUCCAAGUGUGCAGGGCUGUGACCCAGAGGCACACAGAACCCCAUCAGGGGAAAACUUUUCCCAAACAUGAGGCCAUUCAGUGACAAGAUUGUGAGAAUCACAUGCCUAUAAAGUAGAUGUUUUCUGUCCUAUCAAGAUAGAUAAAAUGUACCCCACCCUCCACCUGUGGAUACACCAGCCCACAAGAGCCACUGGGCAGCAGGGGGAUCCAGGAGCAGCGGGGGAAUUAGCGGACUGCUGUGUGGGGCAAGAAGGCCUAGCAAGCCUUCCCCUGAGUUCCAUCUCCCUAGGAAUAAAGUGCUUGACCAGAAACAUUUCCAGGGAUGCACUGAUAGGAAAAAUCAUCACAUUUUGGCCCUCAGUAUUGGCUCCCACCCAGGGGACUGCCUUAGAGUCUGUGUGAAGUGCUUACCAAAGUGUAGACACAUGCUAGGGUGCUUUGAGCAGCAGGAUUGACUUUCUGUACCAUUCCUUGUGCCUAUGUGCAGCUUUGUCCUCUUUUGUAAGGAUAUUUGCAAAUGGAUGCAUAUAAAGUCCAUGUAGUUUAUUUUCCUAUUAAAUGUUGAUAUUGUAAUACAAGAGAAAGAAGUGUGAACAAGCAAGAAAGUUUAUGACCAGCAUCUAUUCUGCAACUGAGAGUGGCUUCUUUGCUAUAAAAACUCACAGCUUUUUGGUGGCCAUUAAAUGGCCCUUACUUUACUCAUUUUAGAAAUACCAAGUUGGACAGUUACAUUUUAGUCAGCAAAAAGGGCUGAGUCCAGCUUUUUUCUUGCUGUGGCAUAGCAAAGGCUCCAGUGAGAGGCCCGAGCUCAUGUUGUUAAAUCAGCAAAGCAAAGAACUCUGCAGUCUGAUGACCGCUCAGCUGUGGAGCCAGAACUGGUCAGGCCAAGGCAGGAUUGUGAUCGUCCCUGUUGACAUCCUGCUGUAUUCUGGCCUGAAAACCUGCCCAGUGCUGCCAAAAGUAAGAGAGCAUGCAGAAUGACCCUCCCCUCCAGCUCAGCUGAGUUUCUGGUUGGGAUCUCUACACUGUUCUGCAGCUAUUCCAGCACUUCUCUUAAGCACAAGACACCCCCACAUCACUAUGUCCCUUCAAACCACUGCUGGUUCCUGGGUGUUGAGCACUGUCCACGAAGGUGGUCAUGGAUUCUGCCAUUUGACUCACACUUCCAGGUUCGUCUGCCACCAUGCACCAUUCUAAUAAAGCCUAUUUUUAUUUUCUGUAUGGUAUGUGUACAUUCUGCCCUUGAGAAUCAAAGUAGCCUUCAGAAAAUGAGGCAUCACAGAUCAUCCUCACCUAGAAAUGCCUACUCCAGCUUUUCCCCUGCUGCUGCUGGGAAGGACAGGGUCCCUGGGGCCCUCAGAAGCUCAUGGGCAUGGGUUGUGUCCUCAGCUUCCAUCAGCAGAGCCCCCGUUUCUGUGCUGGUCCCUUCUGACAUGCCAUCAGCAGAUGGCUUGUUUUCAUCUCUUGACUUUUGAAUCAUGGUUUUCUAAUUGUGUACUUGCCUAGCUUAAAGCUGUUUUAAAAUACAGUACUUUCUACAGUAUUUCAUUCACUUAAUUUUUAUUAUAAAGCAAUCCACUGAAAGUAUGACUGUACUUAAGCUUUUUAGUCUUUGUGAGCUGAGUCAUUAAAGUCCUUUUUAAAAAACAAUGAUUUGUGCUUACUUUUCAGCAUAAUUCUCAACUUCAGCAGUGGUGAUAUGGGUGUUUGGCCUCAGGUCUAUAAUUACAGUGCUUUGCAGAAAUGUGUUGUACCAAGUGCUAUUUGUUGUAAACUUAGGUUUUUCUGCUUGUCCUUAAAACUUUGGUCAAACCAUAGCACACAAAUCAUUAAAAAAAAUCAGUGAUA